UAAUUAGUACCGACUUGACCCUAUUUCAAUCAUGACAACGAAAAUGUUAAUUGUCUUUGCAAUUAUUAUUUGUGUUAUUAAAAACAUUAAUGCACAAUCAAGAAUAGCCGGCGGUCAAAUAGCAGAUAUAACACAAUACCCCUUCGCGACAUCUCUCCUCUAUAACCAAGAAGCGACUGCGACGAACUUCGAGCAGGUCUGCGGCGGUACCAUACUCACCAAUUCAGCGAUCCUGUCUGCAGCAUCUUGUUUUUUCAUCAAUAACCAGAUUACCCCACCAUCGACAUGGCGAGCGAGAGUGGGCUCGACGUCCUCUAUAACCGGAGGUUUGCAGCACAUCAUCUCUGCCAUCACCACUCACGAUGAGUACUCUACCACCACGAGGGUUAACGAUGUAGCGAUCCUGCGCACUGCUGUCAAUAUAGCCUUCAGUGCAAGCGUGCAGCCUGCGUACAUCGCUGGCGGCGCGUAUAGACUAAGCCUCAAUGAUCAAGUCAUGGCGAUUGGCUGGGGUGCUACUGUUGUUAGUACAAUUUUUAUACUCGUUCUAUAAUUCUAUAGACGCUGCAGUGUUUUAUGAUUGUUUGGAAGAGCACGGUGGUCGGUGCCGAGCUACAAGGCGAACCCUAGGGCUUUAUAAAUGGAAGGAUAACUUCCUCUGAAUAGAGAAUGGAGUAGGUAUAAGGUAGGUAAUCUACCACGCCUAUAGACUAAGCCUUAAUGAUCUCGUGGC